UUACCUGUUUCACACAUAGAUAUUAAGAUUAGCGCCUGCGGAUGACACCUCCCGGCGCUCUUAAAUAGCAAGAAGUCGAUUCUCUGUUAUCGGCUAAAGUGCUCCGAUUUUCGCCGUGUCAUAUGUACCCCCACCGGGGACUAGCGGAUAGCGCGCGCGUAAGGAGCAGGAUCGCUCUGGAAUCACUCCUGUGUGAUCCUUUAUCGCGAACACAGUUAGAGUACCAUAUAUAAAAAUAUAGUUACUCAGUUUCAUAUAUAUAGUGUAAAUCAUUCCAUCGUUCUUCCAUCACCGAUCCUCUAAUAGAAAGAACAUAACAGCUGGCGACGAGGACGGGAUAUUUUCACUGUACGUAAAUCACAAGCUAAACUUUGUGUGAACGAUCAAGUGCUAGAAGUUUCGAUCCACGUGGCGAGAUUGAUCGUUAGUUAAUUCAAAAGGAAGAAUUUUUUUUUUUGAGGGACGUGAAAAUGUCCACAGGGGGAUCGGGCACGAGUUCGAGGGUACCGAGCCCGAGCUUAGGAAUAAUUUCGGCACAAAAAGUGGCAAUUGCCAAUCCGCUCCAGGUCGACGUGUUCAACCCGCAACAACAGCCGUUAGCGAGAUGGUUGCAGCGUUUGGAAGAAGCGUUCCGUGUGUUUCAAAUAGUGGAAGAUGCAGAUCGAGCGGCUUAUCUAUUACAUUUUGUAGGCGUAGAAGCUUUUGGAAUUCUGUGUGAUCGACUCGACCCUGUCGAUCCGUAUACGCAGACGUAUAAUGAGUUAGUUGAAAAAUUAAAGGAAUUCUACGUACCAGAACCACUGGAGAUCGCAAAAAUAUAUAUAUAUAUAGAAAGCGUAUGCAACGCUCAGAGGAGAGUGCACAGGAGUAUAUGGCCGCUCUUCAGAAAUUAUCGCUGCAUUCUAAAUUUGGAGAUUACUUGCAAACAGAACUGAGGAAUCAAUUUGUAUUUGGGCUGAAAAAUCAACGGAUCCAGUCAAAAUUGCUGAAAACGGCCAAUCUUACAAGGGAAUCAGCUUUAAAAAUUGCCUGCGGCAUGGAAUUGGCGGAAAAAGGAGUCAGUAAAUUGAAGGAAGAAAAUCCGUUGGAAACAGCCGUUGACUUUGUUGGUGAAGGAACAAAACACAAGAAGACAAAAGGUCGAGAGGGCCGUAAAGGAAAUAAGGCAUAUCAACAAGGCCAGAGAAAGGACACAUCGGCAACAAACCUUUCCAAUUUCAAACAGAAUAAUAAGUACAAUAAUAAGCGUAUUCAUUCCAAAUCUAAUGAUAUUGUUUGUUUUACAUGUGGACAGGCUCAUUUGGCACCUAACUGUACCCUUCCUCGGAGCGUAAAAUGCAGAGAAUGCGGUGGUUUCGGGCACUUACAGAAAGUCUGUAAAAAGAAAGGACAGGCCCACUUGUUGGAGGAGGUUUUUCAUGUCAACGAUACGGAGCAUCUCGAACAUAGAAUAAAAUUCACAGUGCCCCUCAGUAUCAAAAAUAGAACGAUAAAAUUUGACGUAGAUUGCGGUGCGGCAGUUACGCUGGUAAGCAAUAAAUGGCUCAAAAACUAUUUUCCGAAAUUAAAAUUACAUAAAACGAAUUUAAAAUUAAGGUCGUAUUGUAAGCAAAAUUUCGUGCCCCUCGGUUUUAUAAAAGUUAAAGUAAAAGAUGCAAAUCAAAUUAAAAUGUUAAAUAUGUACGUAGUAAAAUAUAAUAGAAACCCAUUGUUAGGCAGAGAAUGGAUAAAUCAAUUAAAAUUAUUAGAUAAAAUUAAAAAUAGUUUAAUAGAGGUAAAAAAAUAUAUAUAGAAGACAUACAAAUGUUAGACGCGUUGGGUAAAAAGCAAUUGACAAAUUUGUUUAAAAAAUAUAAUAAUGUAUUUAG